UUCCCCGGCGUUGCUAGCUUGACGGCGAGCUCGCCGCACACCCCGUGAUCUCCAAAACAACACAACAAAGUGGCGCAAAGAAACAUGGCGAGCGUCGAAGAGACGCGAAGACGCCCCUCAGUCACCUCCUCGUCCGUCGGCCUGGAGUCUCUCUUCCCCGCCGGCGCGUCGGAACACGCUUGCGGCGACGGGAACCCGGAGCUGGAGCGACUGCGAGAACGCCUUCAAGCCUGGCUGUCGCCGUACGAGCCUGCGUUGCUGUGGCUUCAGCGGCUGCUGGUGUGGGAGAGGCCGCUGUACAGCAUCGCGGUGGCGCUCACGCUAAACACGUUAUUCUGGCUCCUGUCGUACACUUCUCUACGCCCGCUGUUCCUGUUGAGCGUUUCCCUGUUGGGACUGAUGCUGCUGGAGAGAUGGAAGCCCAAGUUGCUCGCCGACACGAUUCCCCGUGUUGAAGUGUCUCCCGUUCAAAGCGAAUCAAUCAGCACAAAGCAGCGGCUGCUCAGCGUUCCCGAGCUCAGUCACCACCUGGCGGAAAGUUACCUGACGUGCUGUCUCUUCCUGCACGAGACGCUGCAAUACAAACGGCAGAAUCACGGCAAGUUCUGUGCCAUGAUGUGUAGCGGCUGUUUUGCACUUGCGGUUGUCGGACAUUACGUUCCAGGAAUCAUGAUCUUUUAUAUCAUAGGUCUUAGCGUCAUUCUGUGGCCACUGGUGGUGUACCACGAACUGAUUCAAAGGAUGUACACCGGCUUGGAGCCAAUCAUGAUGAAACUGGACUACAGCAUGAAGGGAGACACGGAGCGGCGCAAGCACGACAAGAGGAAAGUGAAGAAAGAGGCCGAGGAGGGUGACGAGCCGAGCGCCGAAACGGAGAGCGAAAGUGAAGAGGAGCUUUCUUGUUUUGCACCAACGGUGGACGUUAAGACGACGGCGCUAGCGAUGGCAAUCACAGACUCAGAGUUAUCCGACGAGGAGGCAUCCAUAUUGGAAAGCGGCGGUUUCUCUGUUUCCAGAGCUACGACCCCUCAACUUACAGAUGUCUCUGAAGACCUGGAUCAGCAGAGUUUCCACAGCGACCCGGAAGAGUCCUACUUGCGAGAUCUGCCAGAAUUUCCCUCCGUCGAGGAGUUCCCUUCCUUGGAGCACAACCUCCUCCACGUUCCGUCGGGACAAGGCGACAGAUCUCAGGCGAGCGUUCCCGCCGAGGCCGAACCUUUGAGCCCCGCUAGCCUCCUCAUCCAGCACCUGGCCUCCCCGCUUCACUUUGUAAACACUCACUUCAACGGCCACGGUAGACCGCCCGGCGAGGACGUGUCGGCGGGGGGCGGCCUGGAAACGGGAGCCGCCGUUAGCCGCGGCGCGCAACGCUCGCUCGAGGCUCUGAGCGAGGAGAUUGUGAGCACGGCCAUCUCCGCCGUGGUGCAGAACACUCUUUCGGCGCUGCUCCGCUCUAGCGAGGCCAGCGAGGAGCCCGCCCUGGCCGAAUUCCUCCCUCGUCGAUCCCCGCCGGACGUUACGGAGACUUUAACCCCGCCCGACGAGGACCCGGAAACGAUAACUGCAGAGAGCGUCGCGGGUGACGACACCCUGGUUGCGACCGAGGAAGAAGAUUUUGAGCUUCUGGACCAAAGUGAACUCGAGCAGGCGGACGAGGUCGCGUCGGGAGCUCAACAUCAGUCGUAGUUUCUUCACCCUCUUGAAUCCCUUUGGUUUUGUUUCUCGUUUCUCCAUCAAACGCACCGCGACAUCCCAAACGUUAGCGUCGGAAUUAGCGCCGUAAGCAAUUUGAAUUUCAGACUGGCAGUGAAAGCUCGAGUUUUCAGUGUCGUUGACGGAGAUAAAUGUCCGAACUAGAACUAGCAAGAAUGCCAGUUAUAAUGGUGAUCGAAUGAACGCCGCUAAUCCCAAAUGGAUCGGACGUUCAUCGCCGCUAACGCCUAGAAACCCGCCAUAGAUUGCAUGCCACAUUUACAGACGUACUAACCAGGUUCUAUUGUCACGUUCGGGCUCGGAAUGAACUCAUUGGCUGCCGUUGACGGUGAUGGAUGAACCAGAUCUUUAAAAAUGUGCAAUUUUUACAUUUAGCGCAUUGUAACUUUGCCGUAUUAACUCUGAUUCUUAGGAAACAGAUCAACAACCGUUCUACUGUUGUAGUGCUGUACAAUAUGACGACAUGUAUCACCAAAACGAGAUAAAACUUUCAACAUUUUAUGUCUGUCAGCGUCCUGCAGUGCAGUCUUUUGCCUGCAGAUAGCGCCCAAAUUGUGCAGACUUGCUACUUGCAGUUGUAAUACCACCAAUUGUCCUCAAGAUGUCCCUAGUUAGCCAAUUAGCUCAUCCUGCCAACUGUAUGUAAUGCAUGCAACACAAUUGAAAAUAGCAGUACUUCUAAUGAGUACUUAAUUCGUUCCAUUUUCAAUCUUAAUGUAUUUAUGAAAUGAUAGCUUCAUAAACAGCUGUCUUUAAAGUAGUAUUUGAAGAUAUAUUUACAUUUGAGUAAAAGUAUGUAUGCUACUUUUGCUAAAUCUGUUUACACUGGAAAGUUUUUGGUUCCAGCACUACUUGAUGCAUUUAACAUUUGUAUCAUAUGUAACAUAUCGUGAUAUAUUUUGUUUUCCCCAAAUUGCACAGCACUACACUAUUGGAACGUCUUAUGUUAUUCCAGUCCAAUUGAGUUGGACGUCUUACCACUGUCAACGGCACUGAAACUAUGGCAGUGAAUGAGUUAAAGGUGGAAUUCAUUCAUUUCUCAAUGUAUCCUCGUGAAUUGUAUUUGUACUAACCUCCCACUUUACCAGCCUCUGUGUGUAUAUUGUAGAAAAAAUUUAACAAAAACAGGGAAGGGGAUUUGUAUACUAUGAAAUAUUCUGCAUGUCAAACUUUGUUUUUUCAGCUGACGGCACAAUGUGUGGGAGAGUUUCAGGUACCUUUUCAAUACAUGCCAACUGUAAAUGAAAAACACUAUUGAGAAGUUAACAGAUUAAUUUGUGUUCGGUGGUAGUGCACUUAUAAAAUAACCUCAGAAUUUGUUAAACUGUUAAAUCCAUUUUAUAAGUUGUUUUUCCCCCCCUCUUGGUUUGAUCUUUUACUUCUUGAGACUAUCAAAAAACAAGUUGAAGAAGGCAAGGAGGUACAGUAUAUUCAACAGGUCAAUUGAACGAUAACCCCCAAAAUAAAUGAGAGAAUAAAAGAACAAACUGGAAAAAUAUGCACUAAGUUGUAUUUUUGUUGUUUUCUUGAGUUGUCGUGUUGUUUUCUUGAGUUGUCGUCGUGGUCACCUCACCGGAUAUCUUGGCCCUGUGGAGGAAAUUUGUUAUUGGAGUAAGCAGAGGUGGGUACAGUAGCUUCAAAUACUGUUACUAAAAUAAUACUACCGUAAUUUUAAGACUAAAAGCCGCUACUUUUUUCCCCCCGUCAUUUUGAAUGCUGCAGUUUAUAGUCCAGUGUGAUUAAUUUGUUUAUUUGAGUUAAUAGCAGGGGUGAAAGUGGGCCAGAACGGUCAGGAACGCAGUCCCGGAAUAAGAUUCAAAGGCGGAAUGCUGUUCUGGUACACGGUGCUUUGAUUCCAAAAAUAUGACGGCAACUGUCAAAACGCUAUGGAAAAAAACAAAAAUGCUAAGACGCAUCUCCAAGAAGAAAACAAUCUACCAACAUCAAGAUUUACAUACACAAGUGUUAACAAUAAGUGUAAUAAAGUGCUUUUGUAGCGUAAUCCAUUUCCACCAAUAUCUAUUUUUUUAUUCCACCUACGGCAUGAAGGUUUCCCCAGCUGCUCUAGUUAUCCGAGUCUGACAAUGAUGAGUCACGUCAAUGUGUGAAUGCACCCAACAAAGCAAAACGCCUCGACUCAUUUAUCCGCUCAAUUGGCUGACAUACUGACAUGUGAUCAGCAGAGAUAACGCUGAUUGGUUCAAAUGUGCAUGUUUUCUGGAACAGCGAAAAAAAAGAAUUGAUGCAAUAAAAAAAGGGCAAUGCAAGAUAUAAUGGAUCAAAUCUUUAAGAGCAACGACAGAGUUGAGGUGGCUUAUUAUCAAAAUUUGUUUUAUUUGGUCUGAUGGGGAGGUUCAGAACAUCUUAGCAGUCAAUGUGCACUUUGGACUUAUAUUUGUUCAUUUAUGUUAGGCUACUUAUUCAUUCUCAUGAUUGAAAUAAGUCAAUGUUUGCGCAAUCUUCAAAAAAUAUUCCAUUUCACGCUGCAUGAUAUAAGUCGUUUGUACUUAUUUUUCUGAAUGUAUGUUACUUAUAUCUUUAUUAUUUUAAAAAAAUGUAAAUGUUUACAUCACUUUAUAUUCAAUUUUAAUAUACAUCCUAUGUUCUUAAGUAGUUAAAAUUGAGAUUUGGCAUUUAGUAUGUGAGGAAAUGAGGGAAAAUAAAAAUUAGGAGAUGAAGGUUGGGGUUA